CGAGAAGUGGCAGGCCGCGCAGCAGAAGCAGGCCCAGAGCGCCGCGGCGCCGGAGGUGCGGCGCGCGUGCUGGGAGGACCUGCAGGCGGUGCUGCCGCGCCUGAUCCAAAACAGCGCUGGGCGCCUGCCCCUGAUCGCCUGGUGAAGACGGCCUUCCGCGACAUGAUGCACUUCGAGCUCAGCGAGACGGCCCUGGGCCACACGCAGCUGUCCUGCGUGUUCAAGGACCCCCACCUGCGGAACAGCUGCAGCCUUGACAGCCAGGGGUGCGAGCCGGUGAUCGUCCCCGCCGCCCUCCACCGCCGCUUGCCGCCCGCGCCCUCCCUCCCGGUGCAGCUCCAGCUUGCAGGCCUCCGGAAGCCCGCCGCCCACGCCCCCAGCGACAGCUGGCAGCCUGGGGCUCCCGCGCACGGCGCUGCAGGAAGCGCCGUCGGCGCGGGCUCCCGGGAGGUGCCGGAUGCCGCGGCGGGGCCGUCCCAGGAGGACGCAGACAAAGCCAGCGACGCGGACUCGGGGCCGUGCUUCGACGACGUCCCCUCGAUCUCCCAGCUGCGCAUGCACCUGGACUUGAGCAGCGAGUGCCCAGAGAUGCAGGGCGCGACCCCGCCGGCGGGCGACGGCGCGAGCGGCGCCGCCGCAGCCGCCUGCGCGGCGCAGCCCCCUUCGCGCAAGGGGGCGGCCGGGUGGACCCCAGGCACGUCAUGAGGAGUCUGCUGGCGGCCUCCACGGCCUUGGAGACGCUCGGCGUUCGCCGCCCGCCCCCAGCGUCUGGUUCUCGCCCCGGACGCACCAGCGG